AUGUCCCGCCUAGUUCCCUAUUUAGUCACCCCCGAACCUAAACGCAUAACGCGUUUUAUUGGAGGCCUAGCACCAGAAAUUAAGGGAAAUGUUACGGCAUCUAGGCCUACCACAUAUAGGUCCGUGGUGGACUUAUCCUUAUCUCUCACUUUAGAUGCAAUCAGGAAUAAGUCUGUUAAGACUUCUGGCGAGGGAAAAAGGAAAGGAGAAGAGGAAAACUCUCAUCGAUCUAACAAGAAGAAGAAGGGAAAUUCUGAACACAGGAAGGAUUCCGAGUUCAAGAAAAACUCAAGUCAGUUUAAUAGCAGACCCAAAUGCAGUAACUGUAGAAAGCGUCAUUCUGGAAAAUGUACGAUUGACCCACAUGCUAAACUAUGUGGGAUUUGCAAGACCAAGGGUCACAAGACGUUAGAAUGCAAGGAGUUGAAGAACGCGACUUGUUACAACUGUAACGAGGAAGGGCACGUCAAAACCAAUUGCCCAAAGCUUGCAAAGAAGCCUGAAGAUGCCAAGAAAAUAAACGCGCGAGUCUUCCAGAUGAACGCCCAGGAGAUAGUGCAGAAUGAUAACGAUAUAACAGGUACCCUUCUUAUCAAUAAGGUUUAG